AUGAACGCCAUCAGCGGAGCACAGGCAAAGAUCAAAGAAGCUACUUACUGCUUAUCACCAACAGAGAUAGACCAGAAGAGUACAGCAGCAGCAGCAACACCAGCGCCAUCGAAAAAUCGAAGAAUGAACAACAACAGAGACCAGAUAAAGACCAAAGAAGCAACCACCAGGCAUGAUGAACCAAAGAAGCAGACGGCAGAGGUAGCAGAGAAGUAA